AUGGAGGAAAAUAAUCAAGCUUCAUCAUCUUCUUCUACAACUUCACAUAAUAAUAAUUCAGAGCAUCUUAAAAAAGGAAAAUAUGAUUUGGUUAAAAUCGUUACACCAAGAAUCUAUGGAAGCACUCUAAAAGUUGGUGUUUUUAUGGCUGAAAGUUCAUUAUUCAAGAAUAUGUUUAUUGGUACAAUGAUGAAAAAGAAUGGAUUCACAGAAUUGUUUGCUCAUAAAUUGAGUUUGCCAGUUACACCGUUCCCACAUGAAUUGUUGAUGGACAUUGCCAAACCAUAUGAAUACAAGACCUAUGGAGCACAAGAGUUCCUCAAAGACGUCGAGGGUAUCAAAGAAUCGAUGAAACACAUUGCCAAUCAAGCCAAUACCACGCUUGGAUUCUAUCGUGCUUUCCAAGAGGGUAAGACCGAUCCGGUGGCCGUCGCCUCUACAUUCCUGUUAGUCCAAAAGCAAUCGGACGAAAUGAAACCACCAUUGGGGGCAUUCAUCGCAGUGAACGACGACGACGUCUUGGAGCAGGCAAGAGCCAGUCAACAACGUUGGAAACAAGGCACUCCACUUUCAAUCUUGGACGGUGUGCCUGUCUCCAUUAAGGAUGAGGUCGAUCAAAGAGGAUAUAAAACUACAUGUGGUACAAGUUUCCUAGGAAAGAUCAAUGGUGCCGCGCAAGCAGAUGCAUAUCCAGUCGACAAGUUGAGAGAGAACGGAGCACUUCUAGUUGGUAAGGCAAACAUGCAUGAAAUCGGUAUCUCUACACUUGGUUAUAACUUGCAUCACGGAUUCAUAAGAAAUCCAUUCAAUCUUGAUCACUAUCCAGGUGGUAGUUCUUCUGGUUCUGCUAGUUCAGUUUCCGCUGGUUUAAAUCCAAUUAGUAUUGGAUGUGAUGGUGGUGGAUCAGUUCGUGUACCUGCUUCACUUUGUGGUGUCGUCGGUAUGAAACCAACUUUUGGUAGAGUUAGUCACACUGGAACCUUUGAUCUUUGUUCAACUGUUGGUCAUAUUGGUCCACUUUCUUCAACUGUUGUUGAUAAUGCUAUUGCAUAUGCAGUAAUCGCAGGUAGAGAUCCACUUGACUUCCAAACUAUGAUCCAACCAGAACCAAUUAUACCAGUAUUCCAAGAUAUCCCAUUGAAUAAACCAUUACAGGGUAUUAGAGUUGGUGUCUUCAAAGAAUGGUGUAAUGAUUGCACUCCAGAUAUUCAAGCUGCCUUCAAGAAAUCAUUGACUGUUCUCGAAGAACAAGGUGCUACCUUUGUAGAUUACUCAAUCUCUGAUCUUCUUCAUAUUAGAUUAUCUCAAAUCGUAUUGAUUCUUUCAGAAAUGAGAAAUUCAAUGAGUAGAUUCUGGGAUAAACAUAGAACAGAUCUUCAUAAUGAUACUAGAGUUUCAUUGUCAUUGAUGGAUGGUAUUACAAGUUCCGAUUAUUUACACUGCAAUAGAUUCAGAACACAUGCUAUCGAACAACUCAAGGAGAUCUUCCAGAGUGUAGAUGUUAUUGUUACUCCAACCAACGCUACAUUGGCUCCAAAGAUCAUGCCAUACGUCCUGAGCAAUGGUGAGAGUAACAUGUCGGACAUCGCAGAGUUGAUGAAGUUUGCAUUCUUGGGCAACAUCACUGGUGUACCAGGACUCUCCAUUCCAAUCAGUGUCAACGAAGAGAAUCUACCGAUCGGUAUUCAACUCAUGGGAAGAUGGUGGGAAGAGGAUCUUCUCUACUACACAGGUUACGUAUUGGAAAGAGAAUUCAAAUUUAAUGGUGUACCAAAAUUCUUUAAACCAAUCUUGGAGAAUCAAAUUUCAACAAACUAA